AUGGCCGGAGCCAGGCUGGAUGAUAGGCAGAGCGAAGAACGCCUCAUAUCAAGUUUCGAUGAGGAAAACUUCCUCAAAGACAGUCGAAGUCCUGGGGCGAGAAGGUCACGAUGGUGCCGGUAUCACCCAAAUGGGACUCUGAUUCUAUCUUUGUGGACUUUAUUCCUGUUUAUAGCUUCUAUCUAUCUUUGGUCAACAAUAGCUCGUCAUCGAAAAACAGCUGCCGCUUGUCAAUGCGAUGACUACCUGCCCAUCGAUUCUCCAGCCUUAGAGGCCCUCGAGAACACAGGUCAUAUUGAAAAGUUCGACGGCAGCUUUGCAAAGCCCAAUGCUUUCAAGGGUCCACCAAGUCCUGCUAUUGAUGCCGCCUGGGAUGAUAUAACUUAUGCUUCAGGCGGUGUCAUCAACGUUGAUGAGCAAACACUUCAGCACAUCAAUGCGUCCGAGUACUCUGUUGGUUUGGCUGACGAGCUCGGUGGCGGCUACAUGGGCUCAGUGGAAGUUCUGCAUCAGCUACAUUGUCUGAAUAUGCUCCGCCAAGCGAGUUACGAGGAUUAUUACAGGGACAAGCCGGGUCCGUGGGAGGAUAGCCCGCAGAUCCUACGGCACCAUCUUGAUCAUUGCAUUGAUAUCUUACGACAAAAGUUGAUGUGUGAUGCAGACGUUGGUAUCCUGACAUAUGUGUGGGUGAAGGGGCAUAAGGACCCAUUUCCAGACUUCAAUGUGCACCAUAAAUGUCGCGAUUUCCGCGCAGUGAAGCAAUGGGUCGGGCAGCAUCAGCUCUAUACAACACCCGAACAUGGCAUUGAGCGCCUUCCUGGAGCAAAGGAGAUGCCUAGUCCACCGUAG